UCAGUUAUGCCAGAAUUUACUAGUGCAUAUUUCAUAGCACUUGUGUUUUCUAGAGCAAUCUUUACUACAUAAAAGUGUAUUGUAUACUUAAAAAGUGGAUUACAUUUUUCGUGUAAAAUAUAAAAAAAACACUGAAAACUGAUAUACAUUUGAAUUCUUGUAUCAACGGAAUACUGUCGUAAUGCAAGCUGAGCAAUCCAACUGAUGCAUUGGAUUCUGUUAUUUUUAGACCAGUAUAAUCAAUAUUACGGCGGAUAUCCACAGCAGCCUGGUGGAUUUAAUCAAGGCGGAUAUCCACCACAGCCUGGCUUUAACCAAGGAGGAUAUCCACCUAACCAAUAUCCUCCACCACAGCAAGGGUUUGCCGGUUACCCCCCACAGCCAGGUUAUCCUCCACAACCAGGGUUUAAUUCAUAUCCUCCUCAAGAUCCCGGUUAUAUGGGACCAUCGGGAAUGGGACCAUCUGGCGAAGGAUACGGAUCUUAUGAUCCAGAGGAUCAAUCUGCUAAAGGGUUCGAUUUUACCGAUCAGUCGAUAAGAAAAGGAUUUAUUCGUAAAGUAUAUUCAAUAUUAACAGUUCAACUUAGCAUCACUCUUGGCUUCAUAUUACUAUUUGUGCAUCAUCAACCUACUAAACUGUGGGUCCAGAAACACCCAGAAAUGUUUUGGAUAGCAUUGGGCGUAAUGAUUGUUACUUUAAUAUCGAUGGCAUGUUGCGGAAGUGUACGCCGCAAGGCUCCGAUGAAUUUCAUCUUUCUAGCGCUGUUUACGCUAGCCCAGUCAUUCCUCCUCGGCAUUACAUCGGCAAAGUUCAGAUCUAAUGAAGUCAUGUUAGCGGUUGGAAUCACAGCAGCUGUUUGUCUUGGCUUGACGUUAUUCGCUUUCCAGUCGAAGUGGGAUUUCACAGUAAUGGGUGGCGUAUUGUUCGUAGCAAUGAUUGUUCUGCUCUUAUUUGGAAUAAUAGCCAUAUUUUUCCCUGGAAAAACAAUAACAAUUGUCUAUGCAAGCGGUGGUGCGCUUUUGUUCAGUAUCUACUUGAUUUAUGACACUCAAAUGAUGAUGGGCGGACAACACAAAUACAGCAUCAGCCCAGAGGAAUACAUUUUUGCUGCUUUAAAUCUCUAUUUGGACAUUAUUAAUAUAUUCAUGUAUAUUCUUACGAUAAUCGGUGCAUCUCGCGACUAAGAGGUGAAUGUGCUAUAGAAUGUAAAUUACCAAAAAAAUAGAAUAUUAUAGCUGAUUUUGUGAUCGGUUUUCCAGUUACUAUACACAUAAAAACUUAAAAAUUAUCCAUGUUUGGAGAAUUUUCAAAAAUGUUAUUCCUUAAUAUUGUUAACUUGUAAAGUUACCCAUCCUUAAAUGUUUAUAUCUAUGUAAAUAACUAAUAACAAAUCUUAAAUUAUGUGUGCACGAAUGUAUCCUUUGAUGAUGAUAGCUUUAUCGCUUAUAAUUCCACGAACUGCGCGAGGAACGGAUAAACCAUAUAAUAUACGGGAGACUUGUAUCAUUUUUUCUUAUUUUAUGUCGAUUUAAAUGAACCACUUAUUUAUAUAAUAAACAGUGCUGACACAGUGCAAAAACAAAA